UUCAAAUGUGACCCUGUGGGCAAAAGAAACCAACCUGGUGGAAUAUAAUGACACAGCAGUUCUCAUGUGCUCUGUGUCCAACGGCUCAUCUCUGUCCUUUGAAUGGCUGAAUGGCAACUCUACAGUCACAGCUGGUGGACAAGUCCUUCUCAGCAACGGAAAUGCCACUCUCACCAUACUCAAUGUGACUCACCACUACCAGGGACCCUUCAGGUGCAGCGUGUCUAACGGCAUUAGCCAUGAAAUCAGUGGCCCUGUUCAUCUGAACAUCAGCUAUGGUCCAAGUAACACAACGAUGAUGAUCACGCCCAUGAAGGACGUGUACAAAUCAGGUUCUAAUAUCAUGCUGUCAUGCUCAGCGGAGUCCAGCCCUCCAGCGAUGAUCCAGUGGAUUGUUAAUGGAGUGUACCUGAACCACUCUGGCCCACAGCUUCAACUAGAGAAUGUUACUGAGGGCAACUCAGGAAAUUACAAAUGCGAGUUUCACAACACAGCCACGUCCAGGUUCAGCAGCGCAAGUGCAAUGAUCCAGGUUUUAGAUCCAAUAACAGCAGUUAUGGUGAAACCUACCGGUGGACCAGCCAUGCUUCAUGAGCCAUUCACUCUUCAGUGCGAAGUGACUGGAUCUGCUGACACUAUUCUGUGGUGGAUGGAUGGCCAGCUUAUUACUGCAGACAAUUCAACCGUCUUUGGCAUGAGCAACAAGACACUAACCUUGAAGUCAGUCCAAACUUCAGACAAUGGAUAUUACAAGUGUCAGGCUUUUAAUUCCGUGAGCAACAUGACCAGCAGCCCCUAUACAGUCGAAGUUAUCUAUGGACCAGAGAUGCCAACUAUCACGGGACCAGCCGCAGCAAAGACAGGAGACAAUGUCACCCUCUGCUGCUAUGCGCCAUCUAACCCACCAAGCCACUACAAAUGGUACUUCAAUGGUUCUCUAGUCUCCAACAUGUCCGAGUACAUUACCCCUCCUCUUCCCAAAGACACAGUCAGGAAGUACAUCUGCAUGGCCUUUAACAAUGUGACUGGCCAAAACAGCAGUGCCUACUUCAUGCUUACUGUUAUAGACGCAAUAGAAAAUGUGCAAGUAGAAGCACCAGAUAAUCUUGCCACAGAAGGCUAUUCAUAUAAUUUAACAUGCAAUGUAACCGGGCCUGCUGAUCAUGUUUACUGGAUGAAGAAUGGUGAGCCGCUGCACGAAGACAACACAACUGUUUUCUUCAUGGAUAACAAGACAGUCAGCUUCAUCCCACUGAAUCGUUAUGAUACUGGCUACUACCAGUGUGUGGCUGUUAAUGCUGUUGAAAAAGUGACUAGCGCUCCGCACAUGCUCCUUGUCAACUUUGGACCAGAAACACCCAUCAUUCAGGGGCCAGCGUAUGCAGAGACAGGAGGAUAUGCGAUCUUCAACUGUUCUGCCAUGUCGGUUCCACCCAGCCACUUUAGCUGGUGGUAUAAUGGCUCCAUGGUGGCCAACACUUCAGUCUUUACAGCUGGUCCUUUGUCUUUAAAUAUGACUGGAGAAUACACCUGUGUGGCCUACAAUUAUGCGACAGGAAAGAACAGUACAAACUCUACAAUGCUCACAGUCAUUGAGGCCAUAGAGUCAGUGAGGAUCCAAAGCAGCACAAUUCCAAUACAAUAUGAAAACUUCACUCUCACCUGUGAUGUUGUUGGACCCUAUGACACGAUCUACUGGAUGAAGGACAACAUCACACUCAACAGCACAAACCCAGAUUCAUCGUACCACAUUGAAAAGAACAUGCUGUACUUCACCCCUUUGAUAUUUGGAUACUUCACAUCGGAGACAUAUUGGACCAAUGACGGGUCAUAUCAGUGUGUUGCUACCAAUCAGGCUGGUCAGCAUAAGAGCGAACCGUACCAGCUCCUGGUGAACUAUGGGCCCGUGAGUGUGUGGAUCUCUGGUCCAGAUUCAGCAGAAUUGGGCACCUCUGGCGUGUCUCUGACAUGUUCUGCUGUUUCUCAGCCUGAGUGUCACUUCUACUGGUUCCUUAACAAUCAGUCAAACCCUCUAACGAAUGGAUCUGUUAUUACAUUCUCUGUGACAAAAGAAAGUGAGGGGACGUACAUAUGUAAGGCGAGGAACCCUGUGACCAACAUCACAAUGUACCGAAGUCAAACAUUUGCCAUCAGCGAUCACGCCUCUGCCAUCCACUUCUCAUCUCAUGGCAGUCUGAUGUUAAUGGGUCUGUUUGCUUUUUCCACCUCUGUGCUGUUCAACUGAUCCUCCACACCUAAAAGUCCAGUCAACCCAAAAGGCCUCCUGCUUCUUUUCUUGCCUUUCACAACAAUCUUCUUUUAAAAUGACUGAGACAUUCAAAGUGUAAUCCACACUCUCACUGUAAAAUUAACACUAGCAUUCAUUUAUUGCAAUGUCUGCUUUCUUAUUUAUGUUAAAAACUAUAAAUAUUAGCAAGUUAAAGUAACUGUGUUAGUCACUGUUGGGACUUCCCAGGAGUCAUUUUAGUGAAAGUACUUCAGUAAACUUGCAUUCAAUAUCAAGGACCGUACCAUCAAUGAAGUGAUUUUUCAUUAACUGAUAUAAGUGGAAUGUUGCUUAGAGGUAAGAUUAGCAGCUGUGGUGUAGGUAAGGCUUUACUGAGGAUCAGAGGCAGGUCCUGUCCCCCUGGGAGAGGGACAAGAGAGGCAGAAAAGAGCAAGAAGAAAGGGAAGGGAAAGUGGAGCACAGCAAGCAAGAACAAACUGGUAUGCAGAGCUGGUCAACAUUUAUAGAUGCACGACAGUAAGGGGAGAGUUUUAGAUGCGGUCCUGCUCCUGAACUUCAGAUAAACAUUUUACCUGCAUUAUUUUCAGAAGGGUAAUACAUGUGUGUUUCUACAUAAUAUCUCCAUAACAUCUCCAUGCUCCUUUGGUACAAAUUGCAUAUCUCCAUUCUGAACACUUGCUGUUAUUUUUGUGAAGCAUGAUGAAUUUGCUUUAUUAUAUCUCGAUUCACUGUAAUUAUUUAUUAAUCAAUAAAAACACCGUAAUCAUU